UUAAAUAUUUCUUUUACUGAAUUCAUCGAUGGCAGCUGUUGCAUUACCGACUAUGGCGAAUUCAUCUAAAGCAGACGAUAUUAAUGUUUUGAUUAAUGAUGUUCCUGAAUUAACUGAAGAUGAGAAAGUUGCUUUAAUCACAGCCAUGAAAAAAGCACAAGAACUCGAUGCACAGGAACAAAAUAAAAUGAAUCGACCUUUAGAAGGACAACUUUAUAAAUACACAAAUGUUGUUAAAGGAUGGCAGUAUCGAUGGUUUAUACUAAAUCCAGAAACUGGUAUUUUAGAAUAUUAUAUGCUUGAUGAAGUUAAGAAAAAAAGGCCCCGGGGAGCUAUAUUUUUAGCAGGUGCUGUUGUUUCUCCAAGUGAUGAAGAUGGACAGUCAUUUGCUAUCAGUGCUGCAUGUGGAGAAUUGUAUAAAUUAAAAGCCAAUGAUCCAAAAGAAAGACAGUUUUGGGUAAAUAGGAUAAGAGCUGUUGCUGAGCAUCAUACUAAAAACAUUGCUGAAAAAAAUCCUCCUCUGCCUCCCAGAGAACAUAGGUCUCCAUUAUCAGUCAUCGAUUUAAGGACAGCUGCUCCAGGAACUGAAAUGCAGUCAACUUGGUAUUCUGGGUUUAAUAGUAACAGUAUUAUUGAUUCACAUCCAACAAGAAGAAAAUCAGGUCGGAAAAGUAAAAAUAUUUCCUCAUCUCAACAGACAAAUAUUCAAUCAUCAGGUUCAGUGACAGAAGCACUAAAUAAUGUUCGUGAUAUGUUAAGACAGACAGAUUCAUUAGCUACUCUUCUAUCAAAAAGAAUUGAGGACUUACCUCAUGUUGGAAAUGGUCCAAAAUGCUGUGAUACUAAUUUGUUAUUGCUCAAAGCUACUUCUGCUGCAACACUACUUACUCUGCAGCAAUGUUAUUCUGUUCUCCAGCAUCAACAAGUUGCAAUAAAUUUUCCCAAACCAGUAGUUGAAUAUAAACCAGAAGUAUUUCUAACCAGGAGGAGCUUAUCUGAACAAAGUACAGGCUCCCAAAGAUCUAGAGAAGCAUCUAUAAAUGUUGACCCAAGUGGUGAAAUCUCAGACAAUGAGGAAGUUGAAGAAAAAGCAGCUUCUAUUGAAGGAGAGAGGCACUCUAUACUAAUGAAUUUAAUGUCUCAAUUGAAACUUGGUGUUGAUUUGACUAAUAUUGUUUUGCCUAGUUUUAUUUUGGAGCCUCGCUCUGUGUUAGAAAUGUUUGCAGAUUCCUUCAGGCAUCCAGAUCUAUUAGUGCGGAUUCCUGAUUGUUCUACUCCUGAAGAUCGCAUGGUUGCAGUAGUUCAGUGGUUUCUAACAGCAUUUCAUGCAAGCCGUGAGUCAUCAUCAUCAAAAAAGCCAUUUAAUCCCAUUAUUGGAGAAAUGUUUCGAUGCUCAUGGAAUCUGUAUGAUGAUAAGGAAAAUGAAAACCUUGAAAAUAUGUAUAAAGUUACUUAUGUUUCUGAGCAAGUUUCUCAUCAUCCACCUAUCUCUGCAUUUUAUGUUGAAUGUCCAAAAAAGAAAAUUUCUGUAGAUGCUCAUAUAUGUAUAAAAUCAAACUUCUUGACAUCAUAUGUUACUGUUAAUUUCACUGGAGAAGUGUCUCUUCAUCUUCUUACAUUUGGUGAAACAUAUGUUUUUACCUUACCUUGUGCCUAUUUGCGUUGUAUACUUACUGUGCCUUGGAUAGAAUUAGGUGGUCGUGUACCUAUAACUUGUGCUGCAACUGGUUAUAAUGCAUCCAUUACAUUUCAAACAAAACCUCAGCAAUCCGGUAUUCCACAUAAAAUUUCUGGAGAAAUCAAAAAUAUGGAUGAAAUUGUAUAUCGGAUUACUGGUGAAUGGAAUAAUAUUUUACAGUUUACUUCAGCAGAUGGUACAGGAAAAGUACAGGAAAUAAAUGUACUAGAACUUAAAAGAUUUCACAAACAUGUUAGACCCUUAGAUCAACAAGAUGCUUUUGAAUCUCGAAAAUUAUGGCAACAUGUAACUAAAGCUCUUCUUGAAGAAAAUUAUGAAAAAGCCACAACUGAGAAACAAAAGCUUGAGGAAGAACAACGAGAAGAAGAAAAGAAACGCUUGGAAUCAAAUACAGAAUAUGUUGGAAAACUUUUCUUCAAAGAAAAUGACAUCUGGAAAUACAAAUACCCUCUAACAUAGCCCAAAUAUUUAAGUGAGAAUAACUUGUUGAAAUGGUGAAUGUUGGAAGCUCCUGUCUUCCUCUAGUCGUACAUUAAGAUGUUGAAUUUUCUCAAACUAUGAUGGUUGCAUAUAUAUAUACAACUGUUUCAUUUGUUCUCUUAACAGAAAUACUCAUUCUUAGGUUAUUGGUAAAUUACAUAAUUUUGUCUCUUCAUGAAAAAUAAUUAUGGGAUCAUUUUCAAUCAUGUUUUUGUAAUUUUAUAGCAUCAUUUUUUUAUAAUUUAAUUUACUACUUAUGCAGUACAAACAAUAAGUGCAGCUAUUAGUAUUAUGGAAUAUGAAAAGGAAAGUAUUUCUAAAAUUGUCUUUAGUUCGCCAUUAUAGUUUUGUAUGAAUUUGCUCAUUUUUAUUUCAUUAAUCUAAGAAAGUAUUAUUGAAUGAUUUCAGAUUUGUUUCUUCAUUCUUAAGCAAGCUUUAUAUUUAAUUAGUUUUUAAAAAAAUGUAAUCUUGCUUUUAUUCAGAAUAAAUAUGUAUUUCAGUGUUUAUUCAUAACAUUUCUUAAUUGUUUUACUGUUGAGUUUUUAUUAAUACUAUUAUUUUGCUAUGCAUGGGAUUUGUUACAUAUUCCUUUUCCAAUUGUUGGGGGGGGGGGGGCGAAUAAUUUCAAAAUAUUACUUUUAAUUAAUUGUAAAUAAUUCUUCAAAUUGAAUAUAAGAAAUUAAUAUUAUUUUGAAUAAGAAAAAAAAUUAAUUAUAUUCUGAUGUGUACUUAUUUAUUUUAACAUAAAUAUUCUUUUAUAUUUUCUGACAAGAUCUUUAAAAAAAAAUUAUUGACUACUUCUUAAUUCAAAACACUAGUAAAUUUACUUAUAGUUUCAAUUUAAUUAGAUCAUUAUUUUAUCAUUUUUGUUACACCUUUUUUUCUUCUAAACUUUGUGAAAUUUUUAAAAAGGUUUUUUGGCUUUGCAUAGUAAAUUUAUUGUAUUUCUUAACAGAAUGAAAUAAUUAGAUCCAUUGAAUAACAAUCAAUAUUUUUACUUUAAUUGAUACGAUAUUGUAAAAUGAGAGAUAUUAUGAAGUUUAAGCAUAUAUAAAUUAAACUGACUUUAUAUUAAUGCAAAUUAGUUUUAUAUAAAAAUUGUUUAAAUUGGUAUUUUGAAUUUGUUUUGAUUAUUAUUUUCUAAAUAUUAAUUCCUAUUUUUAAUGUGGGUGCUAUUAAGAGAACUGUGCCAAAACUAAUUGUUGCACUACUGCAUAUGAUUCUUUAAGUCGUAUGGAACUGUAUUGUUUUUUUAUAUAUGUAAUGAAGAAUGAUUACAUUCUUGUAUAAUUUGUUUCAUAACUUUUGAUAAAAUUGUGUUAAUUGAACAAACGUUGUUAAAGUGUGAGAAGUAAGCAGUUGUGAUAUCUUCUUUUUUAUUUGCCUUCAUUUAAGCAAAAAAUGACAUUUUGAAAGCUAAUUUAAGGAUUUUAAUGAUUCCCGAAUUUUUUUCUUUGAAUGAAUCAAAGUAUUUACUGGUCGAUUUAAAAGCUAUUCUUGCCAUUUUAUGCUCUUCAUAUCUAAGUCUUUUAAUAUGGAUCUUUUUAAAAUUGCCAUUUAUCAAAGAAUUCAUUUGAUGAUAAAUAUUUACCAUUUAUUUUUCAGUUUAAUUCAAAGUCAUGUAUUUUAAGCAUAAGUUCCAAAAAUAAUUAUUCAUUAUACUAUUCUUUUAUUUAAAAAUAUAUAAUAUAAAUUAUAUUUUACCGGGAAAUGGCAUGUUUAUAGCUUUGUGUUUGAACCUGUUUUAAUAUUUUAAUUGUCUUUACAUGUUAAGUGAAUACUUUUAAUUUGCUUAAUUUACCCUUUCUGUGAAAUAUUUUAUUAUAUUUGAUCAAUCUGUUUCCAAAACCCUUAAAUAAUUUUUAUCAAGAAAUUUGCAAUUAAAAUAUUGGUUUGUCUUUUAUUGACAGUUAAUCUGAUUCAUAAUAUAAUGAUGCAAACAAAAUUUAAGGAAUCAUUAUUGAUAAGUUUGUGCAUUCGUAUUUUCUUAUUUAUUUCAUUUGUUGUUAUUUAUGAAUGUUGUUACUGUGUGAUCUGAAAUGCAAUAUAU